AUGGUAAUGGCUAGUGUCAUACAGAAGAUCAUACCUCACUAUUCUCUUGCUCGUUGGCUUCUCUGUAGUGGCAGUUUACGGUGGUAUCAGCAUCCUACUGAAGAAGAACUACGGAUUCUUGCAGGGAAACAAAGAGGGAAGAGCAAAAAAGAUAGAAAAUACAAUGGUCAUAUUGAAAACAAACCCCUAACCAUUCCAAAAGACAUUGAUCUUCAUCUGGAAACAAAAUCUGUGACUGAAAGGGACACUAUUGCAUUGCAUUAUUUUCCGGAAUAUCAGUGGUUGGUGGAUUUCACUGUUGCAGCCACAGUUGUGUAUGUGGUGACAGAAGUCUAUUACAGUAUUGUGAAGCCCUCACAAGAAAUGAAUAUCAGCGUAGUGUGGUGUCUGCUUGUCUUGGCUUUUGCAGUCAAGGUACUGUUUUCAUUGACUACCCAUUAUUUCAAAGUAGAGGAUGGAGGUGAAAGAUCAGUCUGUGUCACCUUUGGUUUUUUCUUCUUUGUGAAAGCAAUGGCAAUUCUCAUUGUGACAGAAAACUAUCUAGAGUUUGGACUGGAAUCAGGAUUCUCGAAUUUCUCAGAAAGUGCUAUGCAGUUUCUUGAAAAGCAGGGUUUGGAAUCCCAGGGUCCUGUGUCUAAACUAACCUUCAAAUUGUUCCUGGCUGUUCUGUGUUCACUUAUUGGUGCUUUUUUGACAUUCCCUGGCUUGCGACUGGCUCAAAUGCAUCUGGAUGCUCUGAAUUUAGCAACAGAAAAAAUAACACAAACAUUGCUACAUAUAAACUUCUUGGCACCUUUAUUUAUGGUUCUACUGUGGGUAAAACCAAUCACUAAGGACUACAUUAUGAACCCACCUUUGGGCAAAGAGAGCGUCCCUUUAAUGUCAGAAGAUACGUUUGACACUGUGAGAUUGUGGAUUAUAAUCCUGUUGUGUGCUUUACGGUUGGCUAUGAUGCGUCAUCAUUUACAGGCCUAUCUGAAUUUAGCCCAGAAAAGUGUGGAUCAGAUGAAAAAGGAAGCUGGCAGAAUAAGUAUGGUUGAUUUACAGAAAAUGGUGGCUCGGGUAUUCUAUUAUCUUUGUGUAAUUGCACUGCAGUAUGUUGCACCAUUGGUAAUGCUCCUUCACACAACUCUGCUCUUGAAAACACUAGGUAAUUAUUCUUGGGGUAUCUACCCAGAAUUGAAUUCUGACACUCCAGUAGAAAACAGUCUGCUUCCCAGUUCAGUUUAUUCUGAGUCUCCACCUGCUGAUGGAAAGAUGAAAGUAACUGUAGUACAAAUAACAAUGGCUUUGGGAAGCCUAAAGAAUAUUUUCACUCCUCUCCUGUUCCGGGGACUCCUGUCUUUCCUCACCUGGUGGAUUGCUGCUUGCCUCUUUUCUACAAGCCUUUUUGGGCUUUUCUAUCACCAGUACCUGACUGUGGCAUGA